CUCGCUCAAGCAGGGGCGCUCACACAGAUCCUCUGGCCGGCAGACUUCUCACUCACACCUACUGAGGUGGGGUCCCCACAGAGACAGCCAGCUCAGCCCCAGGAUGCCGAGCAGAACCGUGCGCUAUGCCCGAUACAGCCCCCAGCAGCGGCGGCGGAGGCUGCUGGCUGACCGCAGCGUGCGGUUCCCUAAUGACGUUCUCUUCCUGGACCACAUCCGCCAAGGCGACCUGGAGCAGGUGGGGCGCUUUAUCCGGGCUCGGAAAGUGUCCUUGGAAACGAUCCAUCCCUCAGGCCUGGCUGCUCUGCACGAAGCUGUGCUGUCCGGGAACCUGGACUGUGUGAAGCUGUUAGUCAAGUAUGGCGCCGAUAUUCACCAGCGGGAUGAGACCGGCUGGACACCACUGCAUGUCGCCUGCAGUGACGGGUACGCUGACAUAGCCAGGUACCUCAUCUCUUUGGGGGCAGACAGAGACGCAGCCAAUGAUGACGGCGACCUGCCUUCUGACCUUAUCGACCCGGACUUCAAGGACUUGGUGGAACUCUUCAAAGGAACCAGCAUGGACUGAGCCAGCCCUGCACGCUGGGGCU